AUGGUCAACGUUGCAAUCGCCGGAGGAACAGGUGGUGUUGGCCAAACCAUCGUGGAAGUGAUGGAGGUAUCUCCACACCAGUCCUUCAUUCUCUCCCGACAGUCGUCUAGUUCGCCAGAGAAAACAAUCAAAGUGGACUACAGCAACAUCGAUGAUCUAGCACAACUCCUUGAGCAACACAACAUCCACACAGUUAUAUCCGCUUUCGCUAUCGAAGGUGACUCGCUCGCCAUGGCCCAGCGGAACCUCAUCCAAGCAGCGGCUAAGUCGAAGACAACCAAGCGAUUCAUCCCGAGCGGCUAUGCCAUUGUCUAUCCUCCUGCCGCAGUCGAGGUCCUCCCGCAACUCAAAGACCAUUUCCUGGCCCUCGACCAACUCCGAGAGUCCAGUCUUGAAUGGACCAUUUUCUACAAUAGUAUCUUCCUCGACUACUUUAGUACUCCGGCCAUGAAGACGAACCUUAAACCGAACGUCUUCGUCAUCGACAUAGCCAACAAGAUCGCUGUCAUUCCAGGGGACGGCAACACCCCUGUCACGUUCACGUAUACGUAUGACCUCGCUCGGUUCAUAGUUGCGGCCUUGGAUCUGGAAAAAUGGGAGGAAGAAAGCCGUGUGGUGGGUGACGAAUUGACUUGGAAUCAAUUCGUCGCGUUAGCAGAAGAAUCCCGAGGCGCCAAAUUCGACGUCUGCUACGAUGACGUGGAGAAACUGAAGAGAUUCGAAAUCACUGAGUUGCCAGGUCAUCAGGCCUUGUAUGACUAUUUCCCCAAGAAGGCCUUUCAAUGGUUCAUUUCUAUCUUCGAGCUUUUUACAACCGAUGGGUCUUCGCACAUUCAGCGGGCUGGGUGUUUGAAUGAUCGAUUCCCGCAUAUCAAGGCGCUCACUGUGAAGGAGAUGCUGGAUUUGUACUGGGGACGGGGUGAGACCAACUAA